UUAGGCAGAGGGAGCUUAUGGACUGGUAAUUUUCCUAAGUGGGGUGAUUCAGAGGCCUCUAACAGAUAUAUACAGAGCAGCAUGAUGAGCUGGAGAAAGGAGAGAGGAUUGUUCUCAUCCUGGCUACUUAUUGUGGUGCUGUUUGCUCUGAGGGAGAUCCAGACAGCUCACCACAAACAUGAGGCGAAACAUACUGCAGUGGGCACAUCCCGAACUCUUUUGGACCUCAUUAGUGUUGGCCUCAUUGAUGACAUUCAGUGGGCUUCCUACUACAAAUCAAACCAUCAGAUUACUGUGAAGGCAGCCUGGAUUGCUGAGGCUGUGGGAACAAACUUAAUUGAGGAGAUGAGACGUUUGAUGCAGAACCACGAGGGAGAUUUCCAGUUUGUCCUCCAUUACCUGACAAGAAAUGACACCAAGACUGAGAGGAAUCACACAUUACAGAUUCAUUGCAAUUGUGAAUUAGAUGGCGAUAUCCAGUUGGGCAGCCUUGUGAAGUAUGGCUUGGAUGGAGAAGAUUUGAUCCAGAUAGACAUGCUAGAAGGACAAUGGGUGGUUCUGAAUCCUAGUGCUCAUAUCUUCAAAUCAAUUUUGGAAAGUGCUUUCUGGACUGAAGUGAGAAAACGUUACAAUCAGAGAUACUGUGUUGGAGCCAUGCAGAAAAUCCUUCAGAAUUCAAGCAUGAAAGAGAAUCUACCACCCGAGGUGUACGUGUCCCGCCGAGAUUUUCCCAAUGGCACUAUCAGCUUCUCCUGCACAGCCACAGGUUUCUACCCACCAUCCAUCCUGCUGCACUGGAAGAAGGGUACUGAUGGUGCUAUAUGGGGAAAAGAGAGCUCCAGCGGCACCCUGCCUAAUUCUGAUGACACCUUCUAUCUCCGAAUCUCCCUGGAGAUACUGCCAGGAGACACAGGGACAGGUUAUGCUUGUGUGGUAGAUCACAGUCAGCUGGAGACACCAGCUGAGUACCCUGUUCCUGAGAAGCCCCCCCAAUGGAAUUUGUGGCCUGUUGCCCUGAGCAUCGUUCUAGCAGCCAUCCUGGUGAUUAGCUGUUUUGUGGUCUUCACCAAAUGGAAGAGGAGAAAGUCAGGCCUGGAGGGCUAUGUUGAAUAUGAAGAGGUAUAUAUCCUGAGUGGAGAGCACACUGGCUCGGGAGUCAGAGGAUCUGCAUCGAAAUCUCACCUUUGACACACGAUACCUGUGGGACCUGGGGCAAGUCAUUUAAUGUCCCUCCACCUCAGGUUCCUCUCUUAUGAAAUGAGAAGUUUGGACUAGAGGGCCUUUGCGGUCCCAUCCAGCCUUCCAUCAAGGAUCCUCUUCUUGUCCCCUCAGUAGUCCAUGUAGAGAAGCUGGGAGAAGGUCCUCCCUCUGUUCAGCAAGUUGCGUAGAGCACAGAAAGCCUCUCCUCUGGACCUCCAAGAGUUCUCCCUUUGUUUCUUCUGGGAGAGGAUUUCCCGUCCCCAAUGUCAUUAGUGGCCCUUGCACAUGGCAGUGCAAACAUGUGCUUGCCGUGUCCAUGAGCCUGAACAUGGACAUCAAGUUGCUGGCUGCCUCUUCUGUGUUGUGUGGCUGUCCCUGAGCACAGGCUACCCAACAGUGAAGCUCAAACAAGGACAUCGCCCGCUUUGGCACCUCCUUGUGAGUCUCAGCAUUUCCAGGUUGGCUGCUAGUUGCUUGGCAGGAGAUGAUUUUGACAGCAGCUUCUCAGAGCACAAAGGUUGGCAUCAUGCCAACCCUCUGCCACACAAGUACUGAGCCUAUUUUUCAUCCUCACUAUGACCAAUCCCUCUACCUCUAAGUUCUUUGUCAGGCCUCCCCUUCUACCCUGGCUUCACUCUGUUCCCUUCCCCAUCUUGACCAUUUGGCGAACCAGUCCAGCUCUAUGAUGCCCUUUCCUGUUAUGGCCCUUGCCCCCUUGCCCUACCAUUGCUCAUGCCCUGCUAAGUAUCAGUCUUAGAUCACUCCCAUCUUCCAUUGUCUUCACUCUUACUCACAUGAUAUUGAACAAAGCUGGAGAUAAUCAUGAAAUUGCUGUCUGGGUCCACGAUAAAUAUCAAUUACGCAAUCUCAACUGAACCAUCACUACAGCAAGGC